AUGCAGACCAAUACACAUAAUCAUCCAGAUGCGAUCUUGCUAUUCAACCCAACCAUUUGGCCUCACAAAACAUAUGCAACCAAUAAUGCGUGUAGCUUAGUUGAGUGAUUCCUCCUUAGAUGGACGUUCACACCGAUCCUAGUGAGCAAACGUGGAAUGACUGUUAGUAGAUAGGGUUUGUAUGUUCUGGGACGCCCUUGAGCGCCGACCUUCGGUGCCAAACGACCUUGAGAGCUGACCUUCGGUGCCAACCUUGAAAUGUAACCUUGAAACGAGACCUUGAGUUUCCGAGUGACCUUGAGUUUUUCGAGUGACCUUGAACGUGACCUUGAGUUUCCGAGUGACCUUCAAGUGUGACCUUGAGUUUCCGAGUGACCUUGAAGUGUGACCUUGAACAUAUAUGAUCUCGAUCACUCUCGACCUUGAGUGGGUGUGACCUUGUAGGAGUGAACGACCUUGAGAUGUAGGUGGGAUGACCUUGGAAAUAUACGCUUAAAUUGUGGAACUCGCCGAGAGAAGUCAGUUCUGUAGUUGCAAGUGGCGCAAAUGAUACGGUACUAGUGGGAUGUAGAAUAUAAUAUUGGCGAAGAAAAGUAGGUGUUUAGUCUGUCAAACGAAGAAACUAUUGAAGCAUGCAAAGGAGUUUCGCUUCAUUCGUAGGUGGUGUUGUUGCGAGACAUUUUUAGUUUAUUG